AUGUCAAAAAAUCUUGAUAAGAAAAGCCUCCUGAUCCAUUUCCUCGCUGGUGGUGGGGCUGGUUUGACGGAGGCACUAUGCUGUCAUCCUUUGGACACCAUAAAAGUGAGAAUGCAGUUGAACAAGAAGAGUACGAGGCCCGGUUUUCUUACAGUGGCUCUGAAUAUCACACGAAGGGAGUCACCCUUAGCCCUAUACAAAGGACUUGGUGCAGUGGUUACAGGAAUCGUGCCGAAGAUGGCCAUUCGUUUCUCCAGUUUUGAAUUGUACAAGGGUUGGUUGGCUGAUAAGACAACGGGAAAGGUCUCAACCAUGUCUACAUUUUUUGCCGGGCUUGGUGCGGGCACUACGGAAGCUGUACUUGUUGUAACUCCCAUGGAUGUCAUCAAGAUCCGUCUGCAGGCUCAACGACAUUCGAUGACCGACUCUUUUGACAUUCCGAAAUAUCGAAACGCGGCGCAUGCCGCUUAUACCAUUGUAAGAGAAGAAGGGUUUUUAACCUUAUAUAAGGGCGUGACCUUGACCGCGCUUAGGCAAGCCACAAAUCAAGCAGUGAAUUUCACUGUGUACCAGGAAAUGAAAAAGCAAAUGAAAAAAAUACAGGGAACCAAGGAUGGUCAAGAGCUGCCUUCUUACCAACAUUUGUUGAUGGGCGGUAUCAGCGGUGCCAUGGGUCCAAUUGCCAAUGCUCCUAUUGACACCAUAAAAACACGUAUUCAACGGUCAAGCAGUCCUGAAAAAGGUUGGACGAGGCUCAAGGGUGUUGUAACGAAUCUCAUCGAGCAAGAGGGUUACAUGGCCUUCUACAAAGGUCUUUUUCCUCGUUUGAUGCGUGUAGGUGUGGGUCAAGCUGUCACCUUCGCAUCUUACGAAAGAAUCAAAGUUUACGUAGAUAUGUUCGCCCGCGGAUUGAUGACAGCCGAUGAUAAAUAUUAG